CAGUAGGUAUUGUCAACUGAUGCAUAGUUCCUUAGAUUCUUAGUUAUGCUACCAAUCUCAAACAAGUGUUAUUCAUUUCUUGACCUCUUCUGAAGGCCCAGUUAUUUAACCAAUCUCAAAUGAAGCCUUGGUCUUUUUGCAGGGCCAUACAUAGGUUUUGAUGUGGGUUUCGUUCAUUUGAAGUCACCGAAGUCUGGAAUAAGCCAAUAUCUGUUGGUCUACGCGGGAAAACAUGUCCAAAAAUCUAGCGAGCAUGUUUUUAGAGUGCUGUGAAUCAGAUCAGGACAAAGAACACAAGCUUACGAACAAGUUAAUAGAUCUCGAGAUACGCAGAGAAAAGAAAAGGUCAAAAUUCGAGUUUAAGUUAUUGCUUUUGGGCACCGGCGAGUCUGGGAAGUCAACAUUCAUUAAACAGAUGCGAAUCAUCCAUGACAAUGGUUUCUCGGAGACAGAAAAGCAAAAAUACAUCAAACUGGUUUUCCAGAACGUAUUCAUGGCCAUGCAAUCAAUCAUCAAGGCCAUGGAAAAGCUGAAGAUUUCCUAUGGUCAGGAGGAGCAUAGUGAAGUCGCCGCUCUGGUGAUGAGCAUCGAUUACGAUAAAGUCACCGUGCUAGAGGAUCCUUACUUAAAUGCAAUUAAAACGCUUUGGAACGAUGCUGGCAUCCAGGAGUGCUACGAUCGUCGUAGGGAAUAUCAGCUAACAGAUUCUGCAAAAUAUUUCCUAAGCGACAUAGCUCGAAUUGAACAGGAUGAGUAUUUGCCAACCGAUCAGGAUAUUCUUCGUGUUCGAGUGCCCACAACUGAUAUUCAUGAGUACCCUUUCAACUUGGAUGGCCUUAAGAUAAGGUAUAUAUUCAGAAACAAGAGAAACGCUAUGGUCGAUAUGGUAGAUGUUGCAGGUCAGCGAUCGGAGAGGAGAAAAUGGAUUCACUGUUUUUCGAAUGUGACAGCAAUUAUAUUUUUGGCAGCACUAUCGGAGUACGAUCAAGUCUUGUUUGAAUCUGAAAAUGUUAAUCGAAUGGAGGAAUCUAAGUGUUUAUUUCAGACAAUAAUUCACUACGAGUGGUUUCAAGAUAAGUCUGUUAUUCUGUUCCUCAACAAAAACGACUUGUUGGAAGAGAAAAUAAAGGAUUCACAUUUGGUAGACUAUUUUCCUGAAUACGAUGGUCCAAAAAGAGAUGCCGUUGCGGCCCGAGAAUUCAUAUUAAGAAUGUAUGAUGACUUAACGCGAAGACCGAAAAAAUCGAAUAAACCUGAUAUAACAAUUUAUCCACAUUUUACCAUUGCUACAAAUACCGAAAACAUUCGGUUUGUGUUUGCAGCUGUGAAGGACACAAUUCAGGAAGCAUACUUUAAGAUUUUUAACAUGGAAUGACUUGGAAUUCACCGUUUAAGCCUGAACUUCUAGAUCGCUUUUGCCGACAUAUCUUUAAAUUGUUUAAAGAUUGUUUCCCAUAUUGAAUAAAUUGAAUAUUAAACACUCAA